UAACGGCAUUACUAGACCAAAAUAAAUUGGAACAUUCCUACCAAAUUGAAUUUUAAUAUCAAACUAAAUAAUAAGUUUCUGACUUAAUUGGCGUUUAUCGGAUAUAAUGCCUAAAUGGCACUUGAACUGACCUAAUUGCCAUUCUUGAAUGAUUUUGAGUACUAUAUAUUUCCGACAAACUUUCAUAGGAGCACAGUCGUUUCUGAAAGGUUUCACGUUGAGCUUUUCGAUGUCGAAAAACUCAACGUGAAACCUAGAAGAUUGUGCAAAAAGAUGUCUCACCCAGAAGAUGAAUUUUCACGUACUCAAGUUGUUGUUAGUGCAUCCGAAAAAAAUUCAAAAUACAUCGAGAUUAUGGAAGAUAUACAUAAGGCGGUCAGUGAGUACGACUAUAAAAAAUUAUCAGAACUUAUUGAUAUUCCAAAUCAUUUUUGACAAACUCCGCUAUACCUAGUCAGCAGUAAUCCUUGCUUGGAGUGAACGAAGUUUUUGAUUGAAAAUCUGGCAGAUUUAUUAUACUACAGCCAUGAAAAACGGUACACACAGGCUUAGUUCUCAUUAAAAAGAAGGGUAAGUCAAAAUAUCUAGAUUUGUUACAUAGUUAUUUUUAAGUGACUUAAAAUUCUCUGGUUUAACAUAACAAACUCUUUUAACUAUAGUAUGCUUUUUUCGUGCAUCAAAUUAGACCUAAUUUUUAGGACUUUUGUUAAUGAAUGAAUGUUGUUUUAUAUUUUUUCGAGUACAUAAUAUUUGAAAGUUGAAGUUGAUAAAUAAUGUGGAUAAUGAUGAAUAAUUUUUUCCGAAUACAGACAUGUAUGUAUUACUCGUUCUUCAAUAAGGUUUGAAUCCUUAUUCAGAUUCACUAUUAAAGAGUACCAUUUGGGGAAGAAUAUUAUUAUUUUUUUUUUAUUUAGUGCCACUUCAUUAUCGAAAUAUACUUCUUUCAAAUUCUGCUCUAGUUUUUUAAUGUUAUGCAGUCAACACGAUAUUGGGCCGAGCUAGUAGAAUUGCAACUGCCAUUUUACAUAAUAAAUUUCAAUUAGGUCCGAUAUGUUCUUAGUGAAAUACAAUACAAUACAAACAAAGUUCAAUAUUUGGAAGAGACACCUAAGCCAAGCUUGUGUUGUGUAACUUCGUCCAAGAGUACCUAAUAAUAUGAACUCACAAAAAAAUUACACUAGGCAAGUUCAAUUGCGUGAAAAAAAAUUAAAUUAAUAAAAUAAUGAAAACAUACAAAAAUCGGAAUGAGAAAUCAAGAAGCAGGUGAGGCAGGGGAUGUCGGAAAUUAAUCUAAAACAAAUCCAUAAAAACUGCGAUAUUCUCCACCAAAACUAAUUUUAAUCUCUCAACUUUUCUUUUAGUACUUACAUCUCUCAAUGAAGUAGAUAAUAUAUUGAUGAAUUGAAAUAUAAGGUUCCAUGAAUUUUUGCAUACAGCAUGAAAUUGUUAGUAUAUAUUACACGUAAAAUUUCAACUGGGUGCGUGAAAUAUCUUGAAGAAUGACGUGACAAAAUGAUUAAAAGCAGUGUCGAGUUUACCCUUUGACCUAUUCUCGUCGAUUAUCUCAUUAAAAAAGGCAUACAAAAUGAAAACAUCUUGGAGUUGAUUAGAACAUAAUAUAAAACUUAAAUUAUAUUGUAAUGGUAAUAUAUAUCCAAAAAUUCAUCAUUUCGAAAUUAUUGGUGCUAGAACUUAGUGUUGAAGCAUAUUUUAUUUGAUUGGUGAAAUGGUUUCAGAGACGUUUUCAUUCUGAAUUUUUCAAAAUUUGAUAUAUCGAGUUUUGAGCCAUCAACAUUUUUUGAUAAUAUUCGAGGAAAAAAUUCAUUCAUGUAUUUGUAAAUGGUAAACAAAAUUCAACUGGCCGUUUAGUAAAUAUGAUCUUGUUUCUCUUAUAUUUUCAAAACUACGAAUUCGAUGGAAAAUUGACGAAGAAUAAAGAUCUGAUGGUGUUGAAAUUUUACAUGUGUACAAAAGAAUAGCCUUUUCAAGUUUAAUGCAGAAUUUUAUGUUGAUCGCGUCACCAAAUUAUAUUAAAUUCAAGCAGAAUAUGUUAGGACAAUGGCCCCAUAUUACGUAAAAACAGAUCAGCCUAUCUUGAAAGUCUUUUGAUAUUUGACAAAUGAAAACUGCGAUAAUACUAAAAAUGAAACGAACUCGCCCCAAUUUACUUUCAUCGACUGAAUUAUUGAGAUGAUUGAACAAUUUGAUAUAGAUAUUCCAAAUAUUGAAGUGAUACAUUACGAUACUGCUAAUUUUACCAAAAAUGUAACAUAUUUUGUUUUCAUGUAGAUCUCCCUAUCGACCUAAUGUUGUACGAAUUCGAAGAUGUCAAUGGGCCCUUAGAUCUUCAGUGCAAUACUGCAUUACAUAUGGCCGUAAAAAUUGCAAACGAAAGCACCAUGGUCAAAUUAUUAGAGAAAGGAUCUAAACCGAACAGAAAAAACUCUUCAGGGAUUGCUCCCAUGCAUGAAGCAGUGAGCCUCAAGUGUGACCUACUUCAAACCCUUCUCAAUUAUGGCGGAGACAUAAACCUUAAAGGUCCAAAUGGAAGAACACGCAUACAUCUGGCUGUCGUCUCUUGCAACAGACUGAUCAUAAAUUAUGUGUUGACGUUAUGCCCAAAUGUCAACAUAAAAGACAAUGAUCGCAACACUGCAUUAGCCCUCCUCAUCAAAAACCCCAAUUUACCUUUGGAUAACCAAAUUCGCAAAUUCAUCCGUGCUGGUGCUGAUCUAACACUUACAGAUCAGAACGGUUUGAACGUGUUGCACCGCUUAGUUUACAGUAAUCCAUUCAACUCACAACUAGAAGAAUUGAUUACGGAUAUAAUAAUCUGGGGAGUUGACUUAGAUGCGAAGAUAUCAGGAGAGCAAAACACUGCUCUCCAUUUAGCGGUGAACACCAGUUCACAAAGCAGCAACGACCUGGAGCAUUUUCUUCUCUCGAAAGGAACAAGUUUACUGAUGAAAAACAUUCAAGGGAGGAGACCAUUGGACUAUGCUGUUUUUGGGCAAAACAUAGAUAUUAUAGAAAUGUUGUUUUCGUUUGCUGUACGUAAAAAUUUCCCAGAGAAUGAUUUGAUGAUGGCUUACCAUCGGAACACGGACUUCUGUUCUAAUAUAUUUAAACUUCACAAUCUCUGCCAAAAUGAGUAUCGUUACAAUUGCCCAGAGAAUGAUUUGAUGAUGGCUUACCAUCGGACCACGGACUUCUGUUCUAAUAUAUUUAAACUUCACAAUCUCUGCCAAAAUGAGUAUCGUUACAAUUGCCCAGAGAAUGAUUUGAUGAUGGCUUACCAUCGGACCACGGACUUCUCUUCUAAUAUAUUUAAACUUGACAGUCUCUGCCAAGAUGAGUAUCGAAAAGCUGAAGAUCUUAAAGUGGCAUCAUCUUCCGGCUUGAACAUCAAAAAUGUAAUUCUUAUGAAUGAAGUCGAGCUAGCUAAAGUUUUAAAAUACAAGAGUGCCUCAUCGGAGAUUAGUAGUAAUUUCAAAAAUUUUCAAGCAUACCGUUACAGUUUAACGAAAUCAUACAAGAAUGCUGGGAAGAUAAGGACUGCUGAAGCUAUCAACUUCCUUCAGACACAGCUCAACGUAUCUCCAAAGACUUGGUGCAUCUUCUUCUGUCAAAAGAAGCAAAUUUACUCAAGAAAAACAUUCUAGACAGAAGGACUUCGCUGUACGCCCAGCGAAUUAUUUGAUGAUGGCUUACCAAAGGACCAUAGGCUUCUAUUCUAUUAUAUCGAACCUUUACAAGCUCUAUCAAUUCCUUUAUACGCAGCUGAACUAUGAAUAUAAAUCAACUGUUCUUUGCAUAGAAAUGAUAGUAAGUAAUUUUGAAACAGAACUUCUGAAAGAAUUUCACGAUACUAGUGAAUACGAAUAGAAACAAGAUCGCAAAAGCUACUAACUUUAUAUCAGUGCAUUUAUCUUUUUCAUUCGAUGGAUUUCACACAUGGAUGGAUUUUCAAAACGAAAACUGAAAAUUCGACUAUAAAAAUUAUCUGUACUUGUAAUCCGAAUAUGCAAACCCAAUUUGGAGUUUGGACAUACUCCGCUAUACCUAGUCAGCAGUAAUCCUUGCUUUCACCGAAGAGACUUGAGUUGAGGAAGAUUUCUCCUACUACCGCCAUCUUUUCUUUUUAGGAAAAAGGACCUAUCCUUUAUCGACCUAACGUUGUCGAAAUUCGAAGAUGUCAAUGCGCCGAUGGAUCUUCACGGCAAUACCUACUGCAUUAUAUUCCUACGCCUGUAAAAAUUAUGAACGAAUGCACCAUGAUCCAAUUACUAGAGAAAGGAGCUGAUCCAAACAGAAGAAACUCUUCAGGGACUGCAUGAAGCAGUCAGCCCCAAGUAUCACCUACUAAAACCCUUCUCGACUAUGGCGGAAGCAAAAACCCUAAAGGCCCAACGGGAAAAACACCAACCCAUCUGUCAGUCACGACUUGCAACACAGUGAACCUAAAUUAUUUGUUGAAGUCGGCCCAAACGUCAACAUAAGAGACAAUGAUCGUAGCACUGCAUUAGCCCUCCUCAUCAAAAACCCCAAUUUACCCUUGAAUAAGCAAAUUCCCAAAUUCAUCCGAGCUGUUGUUGGUCUAACACUAACGGAUCAGAACGGUUUGAACGUGUUGCACCGCUUAAUUUACAGUAGUCCAUUCAACUCACAACUAGAAGAAUUGAUUACGGAUGUAAUGAACUGGGGAGUUGACUUAGAUGCGAAGACAUCAGGAGAGCAAAUCACUGCUCUCCAUUUAGCGGUCAAAACCAGUUCAUGAGGCUGUAAAGACCUAGUGCAUCUUCAACUUUCGAAAGGAGCAAAUUUACUGACGAAAAACAUUCGAGGCAGGAGACCUCUGGACUAUGCUGUUUUUGGGCAAAACAUUGAUAUCAAAGAAAUGAUGUUUUCGUUUGCUGUACGUGAAGAUUACCCAGGGCAUGAUUUGAUGAUGGCUUAUUCAGUACCACGGACUUCUAUUCUAAUAUAUCUAAACUUCACAAUCUCUGCCAAAAUGAGGAUCGAAAAGCUGAAGAGCCUAAAGAGUCAUCAUUUUCCGGCUUGUUAAUCAAAAAUUUACUUCUUAUGAAUGAAGUCGAGCUUGCAAAAUUUUAAAAAACAAAAGUGCCUCAUCGGAGAUUAGAAAUAAUUCCAAAAAUUUUCACGCGUUGCGUUACAGUUUGAUGAAAGCAUACCAGAAUGCUAUGAAGAUAAGAACGGCGAAAGAUACAGCUAUCAACUUCCUUUAAACGCAGCUGAACUAUGAAUAUAAAUUACCUGUUUUUUGCAUAAAUGAUAUUAAGUAUUUUGAAACAGAACUUCUGAAAGAAUGUCUCGAAACUAGUGAAUACGAAUAGAAACAAGAUCUCAAAAGCUACUUACUUUAUGUCAGUGCAUUUAUCUUUUUCAUUUGAUGGAUUUCACACAUGGAUGGAUUUUCAAAACGAAAAUUGAAAUAUCGACUAUAAAAAAUUAUCUGAACUUAG